AAGUUCGCUGCUUUUCCUACUUCCCCAAUGUCCCCCUUCAACGAAUCUCUGGUUUCCUAACGGCUCAGUUAUGGCCACAGUUUUUAGUUGAUAAAAAUUGAUUGUUAGGGUGUUUGGCAGAGAAAGAGAGAUGCAAUCGGAGCAAGUGAAAUCGAAUGAUAAAAGGGGAAAGCAUCGGAUUUUGGCUGAAUUGAAGCGACUUGACCAACAAAUUCGCUUCUUACAGGAAGAACUAGAACUGCUUGGUAAACUGGAGAAGGCAUCAGCUGCUUGCAAGGAAAUGCUAAGCAAAGUGGAAACUCGGCCAGAUCCACUUAUACCAGCAACAAAUGGUCCCGCAAAUCCUUCCUGGGAUCGAUGGUUUGAAGGACUAAAUGAUACAACAGGUUGCAGAUGCUGGAUAUGGUGAUACACUUAGCUACUUUCACUUGUUGGAGACGAAGUUGAAAUUGACACUUGUAGUUGGCUAACAGCAAUGGGAACUUGUUCCUAGGAAGUAUACCAAUUUUGAGGAAUAAUAUUUAUUUUUUUGACUAUUCAAUCUACGCUUAAAAUGUAGUUGGAGCACAAGGCGGUCAUGGUAACUGUAUGAAACGGAUGUUUAUGCAGAUUGAUUGUCUUCGAGAUAUUUUACAUACAA